CUGGAGCUGGGAAACCCUCCCAAAGGCAAUUAAGGGUAAAGGACGACAAAAAUAUUUGAUAAACUUUUUUUCCCUCUCGCUCUCUCUCGCUCUCUCUCUCUCUCUCUCUGUCUUGAACGGGGAAGAAGAGGGAGAAGCUCCGGGGAUGGCGAUGGAGCUAGAAUGAAAGACCCGACUCUAUCUGGGAAAUAUGUUCCGGAAAAGACUGUGAGAUAUCCCGAGCGAGGAGGAUUUGAUUUGGACCGCAAAAAGCUGCAACGAUCCGAGCAAAAGAAGCAGCUCUCAUCGUGUGGAAACAGCGUGGAAAAGUUGCUCAAGUUACACCAAAACUUUUCCAAGAGCAGGGACAUUGGCGCAAUGACACGCACAUAGGAGAAGGUUUUGGGAAUAUCCUAUUUUCGAGGCGCGCCGAAGGCGUCAAAGUCGCUGUGUUUGACCCAAGGAGAUAAGACUGUAUCGCUGUAUCUGUAUCCUGUCCUUGCUGCCGGAGGGCGAUGGGGGCCGCGCCGGGCUCGGGCUGGGAGGAGGGCGAGUUCGAGUUCAAGCUGGUGUUUGAGGAGGACCCGCCGCCGCGGCAGAGCCAGGGACCGUCCCCGGUGCGCACGGCCGAGCCGGAGAGCUCCGGUCUCGGGGAGGGAAGUGAGGGCACCCUGCUGCACCUGGAGUCCUCCAGCAGCAGCAGCAGCAACCAGGUUACGGACAACCACUUGGCUGCCACUCAUGCAGGACACUCAAUCAGCAUCCCCAGUCCGCCGCCCUCAGCCAGUCAGCGGGCUGGGAUGCAUUCCCCGCCUCCGCGAAGGGCCCCGGUCAGAGAGUUCAGCGGGACCUAUGAGAGCCUGCCAGCGCGUUCUGUACAGGUUUCAGAGUCUCGUGUGGUCGAGUGUCCCAGCAUCCAGAUAACCACCAUCUCCCCUGAAGACGACCCAGCGCCCACCAUUUCCAGCUACUGGGACAUGGGCGGCGGAGGUGGGUGGGACCGAGAGCGCCUCUACCUCCCCCUGCUGGACCCCUUUACCUACCGUGAUAGAUGCCCCGGCUCCCUCAGCCCCAGCCCGGCUUCCAGCCCCUCCUCCCGCGGCUGGCUGAGCCCCGCCUCCAGCUGCGACUCCCUGCUGGUGGAGGAAGAGGAGCUCAACGAGGCCACCAUCAAUUUUGGGCUCUCGCCGUCAUCGAGGCCCACCUCCCCCGGGGGCAAAAAACGCAGGAACUCCCCCCUGGCUUCCCCCUGUACCUCACGCAGGAGCAGUUACUCAGAGGAGCUGCACGGGUGCAACCUAGACGGUGGAGACUCCACCCCUCAGUCGCAAGCUCCACCCAGCAGCUGUGAGCUCAGCAUCCCACAGAAAACCAGGAAGACGUCAUUGGAGCAGUUGUCUCCCAGGGAGGUGGAUCAGGAGCAGGCUCCAGGCCACAUCUCCCCCUGCCCGCUGCCAGAGACCCAGCAGACCAGGAGAGAGCCCCCCUCUCUGGGCAUGGACUACCUCUCUGUGCCCCCUGCUCUGGCCUGGGGCAGGGCCCGAGCCAGCGCCCACAGCCCUCUGUUCAGGUCUAAUGCUCUGCCGCCACUCGACUGGCCGCUGCCGUCCCAGUUUGACCAGUACGAGCUGCGUAUCGAGGUGCAGCCCCGUCCGCACCACAGAGCCCACUACGAGACGGAGGGCAGCAGGGGAGCCGUCAAGGCUGCGCCGACAGGACAUCCCGUCGUCAAGCUGUGUGGAUACACAGAGAGGAAACCGCUGUCUCUUCAGGUUUUCGUUGGAACAGCUGACGACAGAUCCAUCAGGCCACAUCCUUUCUAUCAGAUACACAGGGUGACAGGGAAGAUGGUGGGUACUGCCAGUCAUGAGAGCGUUCAGGCGGGGACCAAACUGCUGGACAUCCCCCUCAACCCCGAGAACAACAUGACUGCACUCAUUGACUGCGCAGGGAUCCUGAAGCUGAGGAACUCGGACAUCGAGCUGAGAAAAGGAGAAACGGACGUUGGCAGGAAGAACACGCGUGUUCGUCUGGUGUUUCGUACCCACCUCCCUCUAGCGCCCCCUGUGGCCCCGCCCGGCCGGGUCCUGGCUCUGCAGGUUGCCUCCAUGCCCAUCGAAUGCUCCCAGCGUUCGGCCCAGGAGCUGCCUGUCAUCGAGUCCGUCAGUCUCACGUCCUGCUCUGUGGAGGGCGGAGAGGAACUUCUGCUGAGCGGCACCAACUUCCUGCCUAUCUCCAGAGUCGUUUUCAUGGAGAGAGGGACAGAUGGUAAAUUACAGUGGGAGGAGGAGGCUCAUGUCGACCGUGACAACAGCAAUGAGUGUUUGUUGUGUGUGAGAGUUCCCGCCUACAGCGACCUGUCCGUCAGUCGGCCGGUGUCGGUCAGUCUUUAUGUCUCCAACGGGAAGAGGAAAAGAAGCAGCACUCACUGCUUCAAGUAUCUGCCCAUUAUGUUUAAAGAAGAGGACCCUCUGCUGUCCCGGCCCUCUGUGCUGCCCCUGGACAGGGGGACCGUGUGUCCUGUGGGGGGUCAACCCAGGAUGGACAGGGGGUUCCAUGUGAGAGGUGAUCCAGUGGCUGAUGAUCGAGGCCUGGGCUUCCAGCUGCCCCCUUACCCCUCCACCUAUUCUCCUCCCUGCGCCACCAUGAGCUACCACGAGGAGUACUGCUCUAAACCCGAUGCAGCGGUGGAGGAGCCCGGCGGGUCCAGAGCAGCCCUGUCCGAGCGUCACCCCAGCUUCGAGAACCUGGAACUGGGCUUCACCGAGCUCCUUCCCCCUCUGUACCCCCGCGGCCCGCAGCCUCCCUCCCCUUCCCCUUCUCCGUGGCUGGACUCACCCUACCUCUCCUCCUCACCCUCUCCCUCUCACUCCUCCUCUCUCAGCCCGUUCCCCGCUGGCAGUCCUAUCUCGACCUCCCCUCUGCCUCCCAUCCCCACCUCCCCUUACCCCCAGUACUCUGCUUAUCCUCAGGAGGCGUGUCCCUCCCCUCCCUCCAACCCCAGCCACUAUCAGGACAUCUGCCCUGCACCCUACUCCCAUUAUGAGGGCUGGGACCCCCAGGGAAGGGUGCUGGGGAUGGGACAUGGGGGAGAGAGGGAUGCCAAGAUCCAGGAGUGCCCCCUGGAGUUUAACAACUCAGUGUCUAUGCACCAAAUUACCUUUGAAGAAGUGUCAGAGUUCAUUGGAGAGGACAUCCAGUCUUACCAGUCAGGCUCACAGAUGGACAACCAGCCAAACUGAGCUCAGAGCAGCUGAUUAACCCCCCCCCCCCCCAGUUUGAUAUUCAGCAUCAUUUUAAAUCCCUUGUGCACUUUGUAUAAAGAUGCGUCGCUUCAGUUACAUGUGAUAUUGACUGGGGGAAUUUGAUUGCCAGGACACUGUUGUAAUUAUGAUCACAGGUAAUUGUUAUGGUUUUAUAAAGGGAAACUAAUGUUUUUAACAUGUUUUCAAUAUAAAUUAUACAAGAAGCUGCUUGGAUCAUGUGUUUUUUCUUUUGUGGGGAAAAAAACAUAAUUAACAUUCAUACAAAAUGAAUCUCGGGACUGAGGGAAAAAGGCUUAAACCCAAUGGAAAACUAAAUGGUUUAAUAAUGUACGGUAUUUUCUUCAAUCCCAUGUAACUAUACAAAUGUUUUUUUUUUUUGUUUAAGGCGACACAAUUAUUUCUUUUUCCUGAAAGUGUCUUUAUUUUAAGAAGCAGAAACGUCAUCCAUCCUGCAGUAAGUAGACGUUUCUCUACGCAGUUCCUGAAUGUGAUGGAAACUUUCUAAGUAAAGGCGACAGGAUUUAAGAUCCUGUGUUUCCAAACAGUGGCAAUUAUUUCAGAAUUUCUGAAUGUCAAAAAAACAACCACAAAUGGCUGCUGUUAAGAAAGACCCGAUGUUGCCCCCAAGCCUAUCUUGUAUCGGUAGAUGUACCGUGACUGAUGUAAAGUUUAGGUGUUGAGACCAAAGGACAAUUCUGUAAAUCUGACCCCAUGGAAGGAUGAUGUGACCGGGCUGUGACUGUCGAAGCUGUUUGACAGGUUUGCAUGAGGAAUAGUUUGUUAGAUCCUCUCUAAGCAGAGCAGGUUUGCCUUGAGGAAUAGUGCCACCUGGGGGGAGUCAGGACCAGAACGCCUGAACUGUCCUAAAUCAGCGGUUGUUGGAGAUAUUACUCAUUCUGUUGUAAAACUUCACAGGUCUGAUUUUCUUCUGUUUGUACUUUCUCCACUCAAAAGUGUGUAGCUGCAAGAAAGAUAGACAAAAGUUUUUCAUUGUUACAAAAACAGAGAGGGCAAUAAAAAUGCACCGACCUAACAAAAAGACGCUAGAAUAGCAUUAUAUGUUUUCUUGACAGUUUUAUGGGUCUAUAUGGUUCAGCACAACCAUAAAUGGACAUGUUCGGAGCUUGAGACCAAAAAAAAGCCUUAAUGGUAAGAGAUAGAUAAAGUUGGUGUAAAGCUCUGAACAUCUUUUUAAGAUGAACUUAACGUUGGAAUCUGAAGCCGUAACUCCUUCAUGACACCGACUUUUCCAGUUCCAGCUCCUACUUUUUGUCUCUGGCUGCGGCUCAGGAAAGGUGGUUACACGUGGAAAGUUCAUGAGAGGUGAAUGUGGCGUGAAAAUAAUGCAAUGGAAACGCUCCUUUACAAAAUACAGACCAAAAUACCCCCACACCACUGUAAAAUAACAGUUUAAUUAAUAUGAUCAUAUUUGGAGCACACGGCCGAAUGUAUGUGGACACCAGAACAUCACAUCUGUGUGUCUUGUGUUGCACGUGUCUUUCCAAAACUGGGGUCAUUUAUCUACUGCUCUACCAGCGUCUACUCCUCUGGGAAGGUCUUACACAUUCUGCAUUUCAGUUCAUCCCAAAGGUGUUGGGUUGGGUCAAGUUCGGGGGCUGUAUGGAACCUGUCUCUGAGUGCAUGGGCCCUGUCCAACAGGAAAAGAUGUCCCACACAUUGUUGCUUCAAAGUUGGAAACCGCUGUUUUCAAAAAUAUUAGUGUAUGUUGUAAAGUUUUCCCCUAAUUGAAACUAAGGGCCCUUGUGAUAAUGAAUCCCAGAUGUGUGGUUCACUUGAUAAAUAAAUAAAUAAAUAAAAAUGUUAAAUAUUA